AUGUCAACAUUAUCUUUCGAGUCCCUCUGCUUAAGAGAUGAUGAUUGUCCAUCUCCAGAUCAGCCCAGAGGAGAGGAGGACGAGUCUGACUCCGACUUGGAGUCUGAUGAAAUUGAGGAGAGCAACAAGGAGACAUCUGUAGCUGAAGUGUACCUGCAGGCCUGCAAGCUCGUUGGUGUGGUGCCGGUCUCCUACUUCUUACGAAACCUUGACUCUUCCACCAUGACCCUCACCUACCAUGGGCUGGGACCUCUGGGAAGCAAGGCAAUUGCUAUUGCUUUGGUGACCGACAUGCACAUCAACACUCUGGAACUGGCAAACAAUCACAUCCAAGCUGAAGGAGCCAAAUACAUUGUGGAAAUGCUGAGGGCCAAUUUCACCAUCCAGCAUCUGGAUUUGUCCAACAACUCUCUGAAGUCUGCAGGAGCCGAGCAUGUGGCUAAAAUGUUGCUGGACAAUAUUUCACUAAAAUCUAUGAAGCUUUCAGGUAAUACAUUUACUGAUGAUGAUGCUAAAUACUUUGCAGAUUCUUUCUCGAUUAAUUCCAGAAUUAAGGAACUCGACCUGAGCCAUAAUGCAUUUUGUGGAAAAGGAGGUGAACAUCUAGGACAGAUGUUAGCAAACAAUGAAGGUCUGGAGGUGCUGGACCUCAGCUGGAAUCAUCUGAGAAUGAAAGGAGCUGUAGCUUUAUCUGCAGGACUCAAAGUAAAUAUGAUGUUAAAACACCUUGACUUAUCAUGGAAUGGUUUUGGAAAUGAAGGCGCCCUGGCCAUGGGAGAGGCCCUAAAAUUCAACAGCACCCUGGUUCACCUCAACCUUGGCAACAACCGGCUCACCAACGAGGGCGUCGGCAUGCUGUGCAGAGGCCUGGAGUUCAAUGACACACUCCGAGUCCUGCUGCUGGCGUACAACUCUAUAACGGUAGAGGGAGCACUGGCCUUGGUUAAUGUGGUGAAGAACACACCUAGAACUGCCCUGGAGGAGAUAAACCUGAGUAACGUGCUGGUGAAUGAGAGCUUUGUGCAUCUGUUGGAGGUGACGUGUCAGGAGCAUCCGGGUCUGGAUGUACAGUAUGGAGGGGUGGGGGGGUUCAUCGCCAAGAAGCCGCCGAAACGGGUCGAUCCAAUGAAGAUCAUCCAGGAUUAUCUGGACCAACGCAAACUGCGUCUGUGGGAUUUCUUCAGGAAAAUAGACAAAGACGGCACCAUGCGUGUCCCUGUCACCGACUUCAGGAAGGCCGUGCAGCAAUCAAGCAUACCUCUGGAUCGAUACCAGAUUGAGGAGCUGAUUCAGAGACUUGAUCGUGACAGGACAGGGAUGGUGGACUACAGGGGAUUGGCAGAUACCAGGAAACAGAUGAUGAGGGAUCACCGCCGCCAGCUGAGGAAGGUUGAGUCCCGGCAGAAGAAAGAAAAGCAGAAAAGCGACCGCAUCCUCAAGACCUUCCAGAAGGCUGUGGAGGCGGUGACGCCCCAUGGCUCCAUAGUCAUGUCUCCAGGUGCUGCCAAGGAGGACUCAGGGGGCCCGCAGCACUUCUCUGCCACCCCCCUCAGCUCCUGGCACCACAUUGUCAUGUCUAACAGCAGUCGCUACUCUGUCACCCACCUGAGCAACGAGCAUGUCCACCUGCCCAGGCUAGGGGGCAGUCCGUCAUUCCGUCCAACCACUUCUCUGGCGAUGCGCUCCUACUCCCAGCCCAACCUGCUGGAUGACUCCCCACGCUUCACCCCAGGCAAGUCCAUCUCAGCUCAGGGGAUACGCUCUGAUCCAGAGAUGAGCCGCAGCAAGCUGAGCCCCACCGCCAACCCCCUGACCAGAUCCAGGCCGGCUCUCAACGCCAAGAAGCCAGAGGGUAAAGCUAAAACCAAGAAAGUGAGGAAGAAGAAAACGAAGAAGCAAGAGGAGAAGGGCUCAACGAAUCCUAAUCAAAAUGUGAAGUGA